CCCGGACAAACCCCCAUGUCUCGGGCAUCGGCGCCAGACAGCCACAGACUCACGGCCGGCACUAGACCGUUCAACUUGACACAACGGCAUUACCAAUUGCGCCCAGAGCGGCGUGCCUCAAUUAUCGGUUCGCCGCCGGACACCAGGACAAAAGCUGCCAGAUCGUCAGCAUCGCCCUGACAGCCUCCGAGAGCCCCAGCCUGGCUCCACUUGGCUCGAGGGUUCCAAGCUUUGUCUGACGCCCCUUCACGACAAAGGGCUCGAGUCGCCGGCAAAAAGGCCGACUGUCUGUGGGCGAGCACACCAUCUGGGCCCCUAGUGAACAGCUCUUCGCGAGCCGUGUCUUGUUUCCAAGCAGCGGCAAGCCGCCCAUCCUUGCCAGGCAAACGCGGGCUUACCAAGCUGGGACGUGGUGCGUCGGCAGCCUGACAACCGUACCCGUUGCCCUGUCGCGUCCGUUGUCCUGGAGCCGGAGGUCCUUCAGAGAGCGGUUCUCGCCCAAGUCCAGCCAAGAAAGGUCUGCGCCAGGCGAAGUGUUGCGGACCUGCCCUGGCACAUCUUUGAGCCCCGUGUAAUACGCCCUGAGGAAGGCAUAGGCCCGACACAAGGACUUGGUCCCGCCCUGUUGCCACUGAACGCGACUUGUGUAUCGGAGCUUUCUCUCUCAGGAAAGACGCGCGCAAAUCAUGGUGUUGACGGGACACUACUGACAAGCAAUUGCAAGUGGAGCCGGCCGGCGUGCCCCUGUUGAUGGCACCUCCAGGCAGGCGAAGUUUGUGACUGGCAGACAAAGUCACAUUGUUCAGAUUUCCGCCAAAUGUGCAGCUUGUGUGGUCAUUGUCACAACGAAGUGCUGCCCCGUCGCAACAUCUUGGAGGCCUAGGCUGCCACUGAGUCACGCACUGUUCGCCGACACACACAUACACCCCAUGCUCCAUUGUUGCUAUCUGUGUCACUCCCUGUAAGGUGGUGGCGUUCGGCAUCCAUGAGAUGCCGCCGGCUACGUCUUCCGUCGAUUCUGGUGGGGACGAGUCCGACUCGUCCGAUGGCCCGUAUUCGACUCGGCAUGUGGCCACGCCUCCCGCCCCCGAUAUUAGGGAGAUUGUUUCUGCAGCCGCCGCCGCCCAGGAUGCCUCAUCCUCAGAUCAGGCAUCGACGGUUCCUGGUCGUGACAAUGAGGUCACUGAAACCGCCACUCAGGGUAUCAUGAGUUCCAGAGCCUACCAACUGGAGAUGCUCGAUCAGAGCCUGAGGCAAAAUGUCAUUGUUGCGAUGGACACAGGUAGUGGCAAGACUCAAGUAGCUGUGCUUCGAAUCAAGGCCGAGCUGGAACGAUCUAGUUCCGAAAAGAUAAUCUGGUUCCUCGCUCCGACAGUGUCGCUAUGUGCUCAGCAGUUCGAGGUCAUUCGGCUGCAGGUACCAUCGGUUAAUUUGAAAUUGCUGACCGGCAACGAUAACAUCAACUCAUGGAACCCCGGCACCUGGGUUGCCUUCUUACAGGGCGUCCGCAUCAUUGUGACGACUUACCAAGUCCUUCUCGACGCGCUGUGCCAUGCGUUUGUGAAACUCGACCAGUUGUCGCUCAUAGUGUUUGACGAAGCCCAUCACUGCGUAGACAAGCAUCCUGGCAGCAAGAUAAUGACUGAUUUCUAUCAUCGACGAGACGUUCAACAAGCUAUGCCCGCCAUUCUUGGCUUGACAGCGACCCCAAGCAUUAGGUCAAAAGUCAAGAAUAUCGAGACCCUCGAAGCGACGCUGAACGCCAAGUGCAUAUCGCCGACUCUGCAUCGCGAAGAGCUUCUCAAGUGCGUCAACAAACCUAGUAUACUCCACGUCCCGUAUGAUGUGCAGCUCUUCUCACCGACAACCGAGUCGAUGGAAUCACUCGACCGUGAGCGACAUGGGCUCGACAUCACGCGAGACCCUUACAUCUUAAGCCUGCGAGCAGAUCCGAACGACAGGAAUCGCCGAGCCCUUGAGCGAGCCAUCGAAAAGUAUGACACGUACUCACAGAACCAGGUCAAUGGACUCUGGAGUCGCUGCAUCAAGGUCGCGGAACAACUGGGGCCAUGGGCUGCGGACCUCUACUUAUGGAAGGCUGCGGGCACCUACCUUGAUCGGCUGGGUAAAGGAGACGAGUUCUUCGACCAGUGGUUCAGCGAAGAAAAGCGAUACGUUGGCGACUUUCUCAGCCGAGUGGCGCCGCGGCAGCCCUCUCCCAUGCCUCAGCAUGGGGACGACGUCUCGAACAAGGUGACUGUGAUGCUGCAGGAAUUGCUCUCGAUGGAGGACCCUGUCACGGGCAUCAUCUUCGCCAAGGAUCGUGUUAUUGUCAUGAUGCUGUGGGAACUCCUUGUGUCCAGUCCCAGGAUCGUGAAAAAGUACAAUGUUGGCUUUGUGGUCGGCGCAUCCAACUUCCAAGGUCGCAAGAAAAACCUGUUCGAAUUUCUAGACCAGGCUGAUCAAUUGGCACUACAAAAGUUUCGCUCGGGCAGGAUUAAUCUCCUGAUAGCGACGGCUGUUUUAGAGGAGGGCAUUGACGUCCCGGCCUGCAACCUGGUCAUUUGCUUCGAUAACCCCGAAACGCCCAAGUCCUUUAUACAGCGCCGUGGGCGUGCUCGAAUGAGGAAUUCUCGACUCAUCCUUCUCUCAGAACGAUCAUCGAGCGUCAUCAGACAGUGGGAGGUACUAGAGGAGGAGUUGAAGCAGGUCUACCAAGACGAGGAGCGGGAAGUUCGCCAGCUGGAGAUUUUGGAAAACUCUGAAGAGACGGGUGCCACCUAUUUUGAGGUGGAAGCUACUGGGGCGCGGCUGGACUUUGAUAACGCGAAGCAGCAUCUCGAGCACUUUUGCAGAAUACUGUCCCAGGGCGAGUUUGUCGACAGCCGACCAGACUACAUCCUCCGGCGUCAUGAGGAGACUUCACCGGCGAGACUAAGCGCCACGGUUUUGCUCCCUCCAACCAUUCCUGAGGCGCUCCGACGAAUCGACGGUCAGUCCACCUGGUUGUCUGAGAAGAACGCCACAAAGGAAGUCGCCUUUCGUGCGUACGUCGCUCUUUAUCGCGCCGGCCUGGUUAACAACAAUCUACUGCCGUUCAAGUUCGACAACAUACCCGGCGUGGAGACGAGAGCGGCAGAAGUGGAUGUUGAACCUCCAUUUAGUCCAUGGCAGGACGUUGCCAGGGAGUGGCACCAACGCGGCCAAAAGUGGUUGUAUGGGGUCACAUUUGACGACGAACGGUACGGCAGGUCGGAAUACGACAUGCUCAUUCCUGCGGAUCUGGAACAACUGCACCCAAUGGACCUAUUUCUCACGCACGACAAAGUUUGCCGGAUUCAGUUCAGCUCAAAGAGACCGCUCUCAGAAGAAGAAGCGGCCAGAAUGCCGGACCACACGUCGGCUCUGCUUGCGCUGAUAUUUGCUCAUCGAUGGGCCGUCGACGACAGGCCACACGUUGUCAGAAUUUCAUUCAGAAGUUCGAUAUCGAGGCGCCAAAUCGGUGCUGCUCGAUUCGACGUGCGAGACGAAAGGCUUAGGACGGGGCAGUAUCUAAUCAGAGAUUCUUCGGGUACGCCGUUCAUAUACCAGGGCAUCCUUCCAUCAAGACCCCCCGUAGAACAGGUCCAGCAUCCUUUCUUUGACUACGAGCUUGCCCCAAAAGAUGAGCAGUACUUGGUGCUCAACCGGUGGACGAAGCGAUCAGACUUUCUGCAUCGCCUGCACUCGGACGUCAACAUCACGGCGACUACUAAGCAGUACCCCUGGGUCCUGCCGCAAUCGUGCGCAACUGCUGACAAAAUUCCGGCAAAGCAUGCACAGUUUGGCAUGAUGAUACCGUCCAUCAUACAUGAGUUGGAAGUCAUGCUCACAGCCAAGGUACUUGCGGAAACAAUACUCCAAAGGGUGAGCAUCUCAGAUCUGAGGCUCGUCAGGGAGGCAAUCAGUGCACGCAGUGCCUCUGAGCCUGUCAACUAUGAACGGCUAGAGUUUCUGGGCGAUUCGAUCCUCAAGUACUGCAGCUCAAUCCAAGCGGCUUCGGAUCAUCCUACCUGGCCCGAGGGCUACCUUUCAUUCUUCCGAGACAGGCUCAUUGCCAACUCACGACUCUGCCGAGCGGCACUCGACAAAGGGCUCGCCAAGUUUAUCCUCACUCGUCCGUUCACGGGCCAAAAGUGGCGGCCACUGUACCUCGACAAUUCCCUACAUCAAGGCGGGAAGCCCGCAAAGGGCCGCCGGCUGUCGACAAAGACGCUGGCGGAUGUGGUUGAGGCGCUCAUUGGUGCCUCUUACAUAGACGGGGGGAUACCGAAAGCCAUCACGUGCAUGUCGACAUUCCUCGGCGACUGCAGCUGGAGAGAUGUCGAGCGCAGUCGAGAGCAACUUUUCAGGCUACAGCCUGAUGUGCCGCUCCCAACUGUCUUGGAACCCCUGGAGACGCUUCUAGGAUACUCGUUUCAGAAGAAGUCGCUGCUCGUCGAGGCCGUCACGCACGGCUCGUAUGUCGUUGACUCUGGCCAGCGUUCGUACGAGCGACUGGAGUUUCUGGGCGACGCGGUCCUGGACAACCUCAUCGUCACGAGGCUGUUCACUAUCAAGCCUCCUCUUCCGCAUUACCAGAUGCACUUGCUGAAGACAGCUAUGGUCAACGGGGACUUUCUUUCCUUUGUUGUCAUGGAGCACGGACUACGUCAGCGCGAGCACCUCAUCACCCGCGAUUUGCAAGUUGUGGACAAGGACGUCGCCCUCCAGCUGUGGAAGUUUAUGCGCCACAACUCGGUGGCCAUUGGGCUGGAGCAGGAUGCGACCGUCCAGCGGUUCGAGUCACUUCGGGGGGAUAUUUGCGCCACAGUGGAGCACGGGUCGCGCUAUCCGUGGGCGCUUCUUGCACGGGUGCAGGCGAAGAAGUUCUAUUCGGACUUGUUCGAGGCCAUUAUCGGGGCGGUGUGGGUGGACUCUGGAUCGAAAGAAAGCUGCGAGCAAGUGCUGGCCCGCUUCGGGAUGCUGGCAUACCUGGAUCGUAUAGUCAAGGACAAGGUGCACGUCCAGCAUCCGAAGGAGGAACUUGGGCAGUGGGCCAUGACGCAGACGGUCACAUACGAGGUUGACAUGGCCGAAAACUCAGGUGGGGAGAAGACGUAUCUGUGUAAGGUGCAUGUUGGAAAUCGAGUCGUGGCCGAGGUGAAUGACGGGGUGAGUAAAGAGGAGGCAAAGACCAAGGCGGCAGAAGAGGCCGUGAAGAGACUGAUGUCGGAGAAGAAGUCGCCUUCAAGCGAAGCGUCGUCUGCAUGAUUGGGGCUUGUGCAGGUAUUGUCACGAGUUACGAUGUGUGGCUUUUGAAAGCAUACGAUUGAUGAAUGUUAUAGAAACCAGGGGACGUCUUGGAUCACCCACGAGCCACGGGUACGGCACUGCAGAUGAGAUUUAGUUGAAUAAGUCGUCAACAGGGA